GAGUCCUGCCACUAUACCACGGGCGGGUUGACGAUCCCUGCUCGUAACUGUCAUUGGUACAGCAUCAAAUGUCUCUCAGAUCAUUGAUUCAUAGUAAUACUAAGGUAUUUUAAUAAAUGAAUAAUGCUUAAUACACAUUAUGCGCACGUCCUUGAUUUGUGCCUUGUUUCACGCGGGGAAAAUUGCUGCAAUAGCCCGAAAAGAUAUCAUUUUAAGUUGAUAUUUUGAACAUUGUUCCACCAUAAUUAACGCAGAGCAAAAAAUAACAUAAAGGCAUGAACAGCCUGGCCAUUCUAUAAUACUAGCAUGUACAAAUUAGCUUUAUCAUUCUAAGUUAAACCACUCAAAGUGAGUAAUAGUUAUUUGUUAUCAGUGUUGCGUAAAAGGUCCAAUCAGAGUCCCCUCAGGCUUUGCCUAAUUGUUGAAAUUGGACUGAAAGCUGUUUUUAAUAGGCUCUUUGCCUGCUAUUUAGUUCACAGGACGGCAUAACGAUGACGUCGAGCGCAGCACGCCGAUUGGCUACCGCCGAUAGCGAUCGAGGGAGAACCGAAAUUAAGGAGAGCGCAAGUGUCCGGUCAUUGCAAUGUUAAAGAUCCCAACAAACUGGACGCGUUGACGAGGAAACGUUUCGCGCUAUGAUCUCGCCCUGCCGCAUAGGUCAGCUUUAAAGGGCUCUGAAAGACUUUACCUUUGUGUCAGCUUUGUUUCGGUUUUUAACAAGGGGAGCUCGAGUUGGCACGCCGAACUCUCGGCACCCUAGAGCAUCUUUGGUGAGAAGCUGCUUGGCAAAUACACAACUUUCUCCGGCGACUGCAGCGAGCCGUCCCGCCAUGGAGUACACGUCUGCGACCAAACCUCAGCUUUCCUCCAGGGCCAAUGCCUUCUCUAUCGCCGCUCUUAUGUCAAGUGGGAAAACUAAGGACAAGGACGCGGAGGAAAACACUAUCAAACCUUUGGAGCAAUUCGUAGAGAAGUCGUCCUGCAGUCAGUCUGUGGGGGACCUGUCCGCCCUGGAGGCGGCCGGAGAGUUCGGCGGCAGUUCGCCCGUGAUCUGCACGGAACCGCUCAUCCCCACCACGCCGAACGUCCCCAGUGAGGAGAUGGCGAAGAUUUCCUGCAGCCUGGAGACCAAGGAGCUUUGGGACAAGUUCCACGAUCUCGGCACAGAAAUGAUCAUCACUAAAUCUGGAAGAAGAAUGUUCCCAACCAUCAGAGUAUCCUUCUCUGGAGUGGAGCCGGACGCCAAAUACAUAGUGCUGAUGGACAUUGUACCCGUGGACAAUAAGAGAUACCGAUAUGCCUACCACAGGUCGUCGUGGCUCGUGGCGGGGAAAGCGGACCCACCGCUGCCGGCAAGAUUGUAUGUGCAUCCCGACUCCCCAUUCACCGGCGAGCAGCUACUGAAGCAAAUGAUCUCCUUCGAGAAGGUCAAACUGACCAACAACGAGCUGGACCAGCACGGCCACAUCAUUCUCAACUCCAUGCACAAGUACCAGCCCAGAGUGCAUAUCAUUAAGAAGAAGGAACACACUGCCUCACUGCUCAACCUGAAAUCCGAGGAGUUCCGCACCUUCGUGUUCACGGAGACCGUCUUCACUGCAGUUACUGCCUACCAAAACCAGCUUAUCACCAAGCUGAAAAUCGAUAGCAACCCCUUUGCUAAAGGCUUCAGAGACUCCUCCAGGUUGACCGACAUUGAAAGUAGGGAAAGUGUUGAGAGUUUGAUCCACAAGCACUCAUACGCACGGUCGCCCAUCCGGACGUAUACCGGGGAAGAGGAAGGCCUUGGGGAAGAUGGACACGCCACGCACAGUCGGGGCUCCGCCUUCACAGCCUCAGAUAACCUGUCGCUAAGCUCCUGGGUGACAACCACCUCCGGCUUCUCCAGCUUCCAGCACCCACAGUCCCUGUCCGCCAUUGGGGGCAACACUGCCUCGCUGGCCAGCCCGCUGCCCCACCCCAUCCAGGGCUCCUUGCCCCCGUACGGACGGCUGGGCGUGCCCCUCACCCCCUCUGCCCUCAGCAGCAUGCCGGGCAGUGGGCCCAGUUUCCCCUCCUUCCACAUGCCACGGUACCAUCACUAUUUUCAGCAGGGGCCCUAUGCCGCCAUCCAGGGACUGCGGCAUUCCUCCACGGUCAUGACACCCUUUGUAUGACUCCUGCCAUCCCCCACAGAGACCAGAUCCAGCCCCUACACGAUCCAGUAUCCAACCCCCAUCAACAGGCACCCUCCCUUGCCCUCCUUCUCUAUAUCUUCGUCAAGUUCCUCCUCAAUGUAAAUAAGAAACCAUGUUAAAGUUCAGUGAACGACCUGGAGCCUCCGGCAUAGUCGGCCGCUCUGGAGAAGAAUCCAGAAGAAUGUGGACUUUCUACGGGUUGGAGAUCUGUAGAAAAUAUUUGUACAAAGACCAUAACAUAGCAUACCUCCCCUUCUCCUUGUUUGGUGAGGAUGAGCUCAUAGUCCUUUUGCCAAAGUUUUCUGGACAGAGUUUUUGGGACGCAAACUUGUUGAGUAUCUCACCAACUGGGGUUGGUGUUUGCUCUGCUUGGCUUACCUCUGUCGUGCAUGGAGAAGAGCUACUGGCUAGGAAAUGAUGACACAAGGAGUAUGUCACAUGAUGUGACUAAGACACACCCACAACGGACAUUGGCACACGUGGCACAGUGACCUCAGAGGGACAAUCUGCAUACUUUGUGGCCAGACUCCACGGAGCCAGGAACAAGCUUACAUAAACACAGAACACAUAUUCUGCAAGGCAGGCAGAGUCCUGCUUAAGGUGUGGAAAAGUUGUGAAAAAAUCCUGGGAAUGAGAAUCAGUAUAUGUAUGUGACAGGCCGACUAUCAGAACAAGGCAAUACAGUUCAGUGCUCUGACUUUGUGGUUUGGCCUCAACUUUCACCAGAAAUUAAAUACUUUUUCUAGCUUU